AUGGUUUAUCAACAUCAACUGAUCAUCGAGGGCCGCCUUAGCUGUCCCGAGAACCAUCCCGAGGUUCCCGACGGCUUGGUUCUCUUAUAUAGCUACUAUACUCAAAAAGUCUCAGUUGCGGCACUGCACACUGGUCAGCCAGUCACUUCACGGGCAGUCUGGCUCAUCUCGCAUCCAGUUGUCACUGAUAGGGGGCUCCCUUUGAGCGUCGGCACCAAUGCCACACUCCUGAUAACUUUUCAAGUUUCAACGCACCGUCUUAUCCACCGGUUGGUCGCGAGCAAUCCGCCAAGGCGUGAUGUGUUUGCGGCGUUGGUCGUAUGUCGUUGUGUCUUGCACGCUCAGCCCGAUUUGGGGAUUGCCCCGUGCAAAAAAGGACUUCGUCUCUGCUACGCCACUGAUCAUCUACGGGAAUUGCAAGACAUCUUCACGGCGGACAGUUACAUCGGUUGCUGUGCCCUUCUCGGAUUGACUAAGGCUGGACACCUUUGCCCUGCUAGUGCAAGGCUUCUUCUCUUCAGAGUUGGUAGCUCCAGACAGAUGGCAGUUACGAGCCGGAGCAACGGCGCUGGCUUUUAUGCCACGAGCAUGCAUCUAGGCGAUGUUGCAACGUUGUGCACACGUGGGAAAGGUACAAAAUGGCACAGUGCACAGUUUAAUCUCUCAUACGGCCCAGUAUAUCUGUCGUGGCUUUGGCGCCCUGCAUGGGCUUUGCCGCGAGCCUACACGCCUAGCGGUAGUCGCGCUACCAGCUUACGGAAAGGAUCAGUAAGCACCCAUGUAGCGCUGACGCUAACAGACAGAAAAUUCAGGAAUGGUAGUUGCUCAUGGCGUGGCUUAGUGUUUGUCUCUACUUAUUUUCUGUCCAGCCGGCAGCGUAGCAUCGAGCCUGUUGUCCGAAAAGGGUGCAGCAGUGUUCCAAACAUCGGUCUUAGUCAGUGGCAGGGCAGAAGCGCUACCACCCCGCACUCGCUGUUUUUUUUCUUUUUUUUUCUUUCAGGCACUGAUGCAACUGAAGCAGCCUGUGGUCGCAAGUCCUCUCUGGCAUCUCUCAUCUAG